CUUUGGCGGCAGUAAGUAGCAGGAACACCAUCGCCCCGAUGGAGAUUGACGACGACAUUCUCGAGAUGUGGACGGUCGAGGGACCGAGCAAGAGCAAGGUCUUCAUUGACCACGUCAAAGCGCCACCCGAUCAGGACAUGCCAUCAUCAUUCUCCAAGCAAGUGACGACGAGCGUGACCGUGCAUCCCGACAUGUUGCGUCUUCGCGCAGUCUACCUCCAGGAGCAUCAACUCUUGGUGGGUGAAAUGACCUCACUUGGUCAGGAUGUGGAUCGACAGCGACGAGAUCUGGACAUCGAGGAGCUGUAUAUGGACCAAGUGUUACAGCAACCUGUCACAUGCAGUGAGCACGAACAAUCUGUCCGGGACCUUCAAGAGCGACUUGCCAACAAGCGACGAAGUCACAAGGCAGCAAAGAUUCGGUUCCUUCAGCUCAAACGGAACGUGUUGUUGCAGCAUCAGUCCGAGUUCGCGACUCUGCCGUGUCUCAACGGCACGCUGCAACUACGACGUCUCUUGGGUCGCGGGGCGUCGUCGGAGGUGUGGCAGGCCCACUGCUUCUCCACAGACUCGUUGGUGGCCGUGAAGCUAAGCGCCAACAUCCAAAACGCCACCGUCGAGUUCGACAACCACAAGCUCGUGACGGCGCACUCGAGUCGAUACGCCGUGCCAGUGCACACCCUCGCACAUACCACGUUUCACCAACGCGAGUACGCCAUCAUGACCAUGGACUGCAUGAACUGCGACUUGGCCCAUUACCUAGAGACGAAUGGCCCGUGCGCGCCGCUCCUCGCUCGACACAUUCUGCAUCAGCUCGCGCUAGCCACGACCUACAUGCACGAGGUCGGUCGGACAUCUCUAUCUCAGUAUCUCAUGUGCUUCCUUGUAGAACAACAUGGCCCACGGAGACUUGAAGCCCGGCAACGUGUUAGUCAAAGACGUGUCGGCUGUGACCGUCCAGCUCACCGACUUCCAUCUCGCCCGACCAAGAUACGAUCCGAUUGAUGUGGGGGUGAACGCGUCGCCGAGCUACGCGCCCCCCGAAUGGUACCUGCUGCCGACGACAGCCGACAGCUGCGAGGCCGGUACGACGUACGAAAAGGCAGACGUGUGGGCCCUCGGCGUGAUCUACUACCAAAGCCUCUUCACGCGGCACCCCAUGGGGUCGUUUUCGUCGAAACACGAGCUCCAGCACAACAUGCGCUUGUAUUCGAGUUCACAUCCAACCUCAACCUCCUCCCUUCACUUUCCCACGGCGAUCCCUGCCAUGGACAUGGUUAUCUUGGCCCGAUGCCUCCAUCCAGAUUGGACAGCACGACCCACAGCCAUGGAACUGCUAGCAAUGCUAUCACAGCUCACAUGACCAUAGAAGUACAGAUACAGUAUACAGUAGUAUGGGCACAGUUCCGUGACAACUUGGUUCCGUGCCACGAUGCAUGAUUGGCAGAAAACAAUCACUCUGAAAUUUUCAGCCAAUCAGAUGCAAUUUUUGACCGAUAACUCGGAACUGUUUUCAGCCUAACGUUAACCGAUAUUCCACUCUUUUAAGUCA